AACUCAUCUUCCACCUCUUCUACUCACACCCAAGGGCUGACCUUUUCUGCAUCAUCUCUUCUCCUCAUGUCGCCGUAAUCUUCCUAUCAUCCCCCUCCAGCCCUUGCUCCAUCUCUCAACAUGCCCAAGGUCAUAGGUUACACUCCACCUUGGCUCUCACGACCUUCUCCUGGUGCCCGCAUCUUUACUGAUCCUGCUCCUCAAUCUCCCGCCUCUCCCUCUAAACGAUCCUCGUACCUUGGUUCUCCUCCAUCUACAGACUAUCAGGGGCCUCGCAGACUCCUCGCCAGCAGGGGCACAGAAGUCUUUACAGUAGUUGGAAAUAAAAUCAGAUGGGCAGAUUUGACUACUGUUCGGGACAAUUGGGAAGACACCGCCAACUCGCGCUCUGGCUCUGCGAUUUCGCCAACAGUUAAACAAUCGGAACAGGCUCAGUCGUACCGCCUUCUCGAUGUCUCAAUCUACUACCAGAUUCGUCACAUUGCAGUCUCUCCUUCGGGCUCCUUUCUCGCAAUCUCCACAGAGCACACCGUUCACCUUGCCGUGUUGCCUGCCUCUUCUAGACUCUCCGAAUCAGAUCGCUCCCCCCUCAAGCUCAAAACCUAUCAACUUGGCCCGACCAUCCAUGUGAUCCCAGAGUCUCCCCUCGCCUCUGUCCUGUGGCACCCUCUUGCCUCCUCCACCCCCUCCACCGACUGCCUUGUCACGAUAACCGCCGAGGCCGCCGUUCGAGUAUGGGAGAUCGAUCGCUCGAACAAAUGGUCAUUCGAAACACCGGCCCUCGCCAUCGAUCUUCGCAAACUCGCUGAUGGUGUCUCAUGCGAUGAUGACUUCAGUCCUUCUGGCUUUGGAAAGAGUCGUGGGUUUUCUGUCGACGAUUUCGACAUGGAUAUUUCAUCUGCUGUUUUUGGGGGCCGAGGCCGGGAAGAUGAAGAUGCUUGGGCAAGCAUGACACUAUGGGUGGCCACAAGAAAUGGAGAUCUCUAUGCCUUGUGUCCUCUGCUCCCCUCAACGUGGCGUCCUACUGAAACAACCAUUCCGUCCUUGUCGACUAGUGCGGUCGCUCAGGUCGCUUCGCUCGAUCCCCAGGACUUGAACUCUGAUGAACGACGCGCCGCAAAUCAGCAACUUGAGUGGGUUCAAGAAAUCGACAGUGAAAGCCUUCUUAUCGUGGAAUCCCCAGACUCUCUCAGUCCGCACGAGGCCUGCCACCGGCCCCAUAACCCUAGUGCCAUUCCUCGACUUCAAGGUCCUUUCUCUGUCCAGCCCGCUGACGAUGAUGAUAACGAUAUUGACAUAUCAGACAUCUUCGUCUUUCCUGCAAAGCUUGACGAACAAGAGUUCUGGGCCGGUGAGGAAGACUAUGUAGACUACGACCGACCGCUAUCUUCAGGGGUUCCUUUUACAACUAUUGCCAUCGCAACAACCCAAAGCCACGUCUGGCUUGCAAUUGACCUCGAUGGUGUGUCAGGCCAGUGGCUACCCAAGAAAGGUCGCAGCGUUUUUAGUCUACCCUCCACAGAACCCCGAGAAUUGACAUUGAUCGACAAUUUUCAAAUCACCAAAGAUUCAACCACUUCUCCUUCCUGGCCGACCUUUACGGUCGACGUCGUACACAAUUACUGCCUCUUCGCCGCAACGACCAACCAGAUCCAUUCUAUCUCACUAAAUGAUUGGGUCAAUCGCUUGGCAGGUGAACUGAAUGGUAACGAGCCUAUAGAUCCUGGCUUCAAGACAAGAAUCGAAACAACCGCACAAGGCCAAGUUGCAUAUACCGCAAGCAUCCUCAAUGUCGACCCACAGCCGUCGCAACAUCUUUCGGCUCCUACGAUCAUUGAUGACACAGGCCUGGGCUACUUCCUUUUGAGCUCCACUCCAACCUCGGCGCAUGCUGUCUCUUUCGAUCAAGACCAUCUUCGAGCCUUUUCAACUGGUCCACCAUCUCCCGAACUCACAACCUCAUCCCCCUUCCGAUUGACUGGACGUUUGUCGCGAGGCCCUUCAGAUCUGCCUCCGACAUCCGAGAUUGAAAAUAUCCCAUCGCGAUCGCCAUAUGCCCCUGCUCACAUCUUCUACGCCAACCAAUUUCAGCAUCUAGAAAACCUCCGCCAACGCCUGCCCCAAAAUUUGAAAAGAGCAAUCGUCGAAAGUCCUAUGCGUCUUUCACCUGCGAUCCUUGAGAUCAUGACUGCUUCCCACCGUAUGUUUAGUGUUCAAUCCGCCGAGCUCGAAAAGGCAGCUUCGGAGCUGUUCCGGAAAUGCCAGCGUCUCCAAGAAGAACUGGGUGACCAAGUCAAACAAAUGACCGACCUUGCUCAACGUUUGCAAAAUCUCCAAUCCAGCGAAGAAGAAGACGAACAAGGUCAUCCUAAACCACGAAAGACACAUGAAGAGAGAAUUCAAGAAGCCAAAGACCGACAGAAGGCCUUGGUAAGCAGGUACGAGGAGCUCAGGAGGAAGGUUGGACGAGCGACCUCGACAAACAGGGAGUUAACGGUCAAGGAAAAGGCCUGGAUUGAAGAAGUGAAUACUUUGGGCCGAACGGUGGGGAUUGAUGACGUUGAUGGUGAUGAAGGGCUGCAAGAAGCAAGGGUGACAAAUGCGUCUAGCUUAGGUGUCCGAUUCGAUACAGUCAAACAACUUGCCACCGACCUGUCAAGCGAAGCUCGGGUGCUGCAAGAACAGGAACAGCAGCAAGCUUCUGGUCUCGACCAGAGUACCUCUUCUCUCUCGGCCUCGGCAACAUUCUCCCGCUCUCGAGCGUCUAUCGGUCCAGGAUCAUUUGCUGAUAAUAUGACCGGCUCAGGGCUUGGUGUCCAGGUGUCUAACAGACUCCAAAAGGAGAAGAUUGCGGAAGUUAUGAGUAUGGUGGAACGUGAAAGUGCAGUCAUUGACGCUGUCGCCCAGAGACUGGAGCGGCUGCGAAGUUUCUAACAGAAUAAAGUAAUGGGAAAUGACACCGUUGGUGUGUGUGAGGAUGACUUUUGCGAUGCAAGCCCUCUAUUUGUCUGUUUCAAUGUUACUCAUGCCUGAGGUGGU